UUCGUGAAAAGCGGGGAAACUGGAAAGUGAUAGUCCAGCGAGCAUACACAAGAGUGAGACGGGGUUAAUCGAUUCCACGGGGAAGCUCGAAUGGAGGAUCCGAAGACUCCGAUGAAAGAUUCUUCUUCAGAAGAAGAUGCAAGAUCAAUCAAUAUUUUUGAGAGACUUAAAGAAGAGAUGGAGGCUGUGAUUCACUCUCAUGAAUCACCACGCCAUCACAAAGAAACACAUGGAACAAGGGAUGAUAUUGACGAGACUACACCAGCCGAUGAAGUAAAGGCCCCCGGCGUGUUUGAAAGAGUCAAGGAAGAGAUUGAGGCCCUCGUGGAAACGAUUCAUCCCAAGAAGGAUUCGAGCAAUCAUUAGCUUUCUUUAAAGCAAGGAAGAGGGUUGAUUGACACCAUGCUGUUACAAGGUUUGCUUUCUUAAACAAUGCUUAAUUUCUUUUAUGAUGCAACUCCAUGCUAUCCAGGUCGUUAUUUGAAAAUAUUGGUCGGAAAAUAUCAUGUUUGAAGACAAAUUGACAUGAACUUAGACUAUUUCCACAGUUUCUGGUAUUUGUUUUGAAGUAUGUAAUGUACAUCUUGUCAAAUAAUCCCCAAUAUUAGGCCACACAUUCUCGCCUUAAUUUGAAAGGGGCU